AAAAACAAAAUCUGUAGUUAAGCACCUAUACUGUAUAACUUACUGCAAAUGUCAACUGUUCCACAUUCCGCAUUUAAUGGAUUCCUUGACAUUAUUUUAAUGGAUGGCUCAUUAACAAUGAUAUCAUUCAAAACAUGUCAUUUGCAGUAAUCAGUCGUGCCCUACAUAUAAUUAAUUCUGAUUCUAUAGUUUUCGUAUCGGCGUAAUCAUUGACGAGAUGUAUUGUUUGCAAUGGCUGAUUCCCGUGCUGCUAAUUCCAAAACCUGUGCACCCGGCGUUGGUGAAUACGCACGUAAUGUUUAUGGUGUUGUACCUGAUCGGAUUUUUCUUAGAAAGGAAGCCAUGUACGGUGUGCAGUGUAGUUUUUCUUGCAGCGGUCAUCCUAAUAUGUUAUAGUGGUAUAGGAAAUUGCUUAUUUUGGGGAAGUCAGUGCGAAAGUGAGAAAUACGACACCUAGUAUCGUCUUUCGGAGCGCAGUGUGAUCAAAGUGCAAAGUGAUUUGUCUCUGUGGAGUGGCCACCAACAAAAAUGACUUGUGUAUAUUUUUGUAAAUAGAUAUGAGUUAUUUACAAUGUAAUUAAUGAUGUUGAAGCGA